UCCAACUUGUCAUAAACCCCUUCGGCCGCCGUUCCGCACGUCUUCCCAAACUCAACUCGCCUCAAUCUCUGCCUAUUUUAUCGCAGUCUCCACCGAAUAUUGCAAACCAGCCAUGGCUACUGAUGCUUCUGAAGCUCUUGCAGUAAGGGAGAAAGUUCAGAAUUUCUUAAACGCAGCGCGGACUGGCAAUUUAGACCUACUGAAAAAAUUGGCGAAUCAACUUGAUCACGGGAAAGGUUUGGCCCAAACGGUAGCAGAUGUUAAGGAUGCGAACAAGAGAGGGGCCCUGCAUUUUGCUGCAAGGGAGGGUCAGACUGAGGUUUGUAGGUACUUGCUGGAGGAUUUGAAGAUGGAUGUGGACACCAAGGAUGAAGAUGGGGAUACUCCACUCACACAUGCUGCUCGGCAAGGACACAUUGCCACUGCCAAAUACCUUGUGGAACGUGGAGCUGAUCCUUCUAUAGCUAGUGAAUUAGGGGCCACGGCACUGCAUCAGGCAGCGGGAAUAGGUGAUACCGAUCUGUUGAAAUUCUUUCUUACCAAGGGCGUAAAUGUUGAUUUGCAAAGUGAUGCUGGUACCCCACUUAUAUGGGCUGCAGGUCAUGCACAGCCGGAGGCCGUCAAAGUGCUACUAGAAAACAAUGCCAAUCCAAGUGCUAACACAGAAGAUGAUAUUACUCCUCUACUAUCAGCCGUUGCAGCUGGUUCAUUGGCAUGCUUAGAGUUGCUAAUUAAGGCCGGUGCAUCAGUAAAUACUAGUGCAGGGGGAGCAACACCUUUGCACAUUGCUGCUGAUGGUGGAAGCUCAGACAUCAUAAACUGCUUAUUACAAGCUGGAGCUAAUCCUGAUGCUGCUGAUGAGGAUGGUUUAAAGCCGAUACAGGUGGCAGCAGCAAGAGGCAAUCGCAGCGCAGUUGAGAUUCUUUUCCCUGUAACAUCUCGACUUGCCAAUGUUACAGAAUGGAGUGUUGAUGGAAUUAUUCAAUCCUUGCAACAUGAAACCCAAAAGAAAGAGGGGGGAAAUGAAGUAUCAAAGGAAUCCGACAAGUUGAAGGAUGCUACCCCUCCGAAGAAAGUUGUUCCCGAGGUGUCAGCUGAGGCGAAGAAGAAAGCAGCAGAAGCAAAGGCAAGGGGAGACGAGGCAUUUCGGAGGAAAGAAUUUAUGUCUGCAGUUGAUAAUUAUACGCAGGCCAUUGAUUUCAACGCGAGUGAUGCUACUCUGUUCUCUAACAGGAGUCUCUGCUGGAUACGUCUGGGACAAGCUGAUCGUGCUUUGUCUGACGCAAAGGAAUGCAAAGCUCUUUCGCCAGAUUGGCCAAAGUCUUACUAUCGUGAAGGUGCCGCUUAUCGUCUAAUGCAGAAAUUUGAGGAGGCAGCGAAUUCUUUCUACGAGGGAGUCAGGCUAAGUCCCGAGAACAUGGAGCUUGUAACUGCCUUCAGGGAAGCUGUUGAAGCUGGUAGAAAGUAUCGUGGUGUGGAACAGCCAAAAUCGUCUUCUUGAUUAUAUUGCAUCGGCAGUUUGUGCUACAGUUAAUCGGAACUCAGGUCCUUCUCUAAACUUUAGUUCUUCCCCUCCUUUAAAAGUUUUGAAGCUAGAGAAUUAGAAUGGUAUCGAUUGCAUACAGCUAAUAGAAAUUGAUCUUACAGCUUUAUGUGUCUAAUUUAUUGAAGGUCAGUUUAUGAGAUUUCCAAUUUUUUUAUUCCAACUAUAUAUAUAUGGACGUUGAAGCAUAUAUUAUGUUCAAUGAGGACUCGGAUUGGGAACA